AUGUACUGCGCCGUGCUGCAAGACAGUCAGAUUUAUCCGCAGUUGCAUACCGAAAUGGCUGUGGUAGAACAGCUUCUGUCGGCGAGGGAAAAGGCGUUAAGCGCAAACGCACGACCGCCGGCCAUCAUCCUCCAAGGCGGACAACAUGUCUCGACGCCCAUGGAUUACCCUGCUCGACCUUUUGACCUCUGCGUUGUCAGAGUAUACAACAGCGCGGACGGCAAUUCGGUACUGCUGACUGUUAGGAUCGAUGACACCGCAGCGAAGGUCAAAGGCGCGGCCGCUCAAAAGUUCGAAAUCAGCGACGGGGAUGAAACGGAAUUGGCAGAAAUCAAAUCCAACGGGGAAAAAGCCAUAUUUACUGGCAACGAAAAGAGUGUGGCGUCAAUGCAGACCCCAAAUGGACGACUGUAUCUGCUACACAAAGGAAAAGGGGACAUGAUGGUGAGUAAGACGCUUGAAACUUGUGAGGUUUCACGAGUCAGUAACCUCUGCUUCGACGAAACGACGUACGUGUCAACGCUGGAGGAAAUAAACAGCGCUGAUUUUGCACAGUACCUUCUGAUGUAUCACUGGCAACUGUUCCUGAACCUCCACGAAUGCGAACUACUGUACCAGACACUUGGAAGAGAGCACUUUCCCGGGAAAGUGUCCAUAAAUUUGGACCUUCUCAUCAGAAGGUUCAACGAGCUUCAGUUCUGGGUCAUCACCGAAAUACUGCUUUGCAGCAACCUAUCAAAGCGGGUCAACUUGCUGAAGAAAGUCAUUAAAAUUGCCCUACAUGCAAAGACCAACCAGGAUUUGCUAAGUUUCUUUGCCAUCGUACUUGGGAUCAGUAAUGUUGCGAUCAGUCGACUCACUCAAACAUGGGAGAAGCUGCCUACAAAAUUUCGGAAAAUGUUUUACAACUUUGAAAAUUUGCUGGAUCCGUCUAGAAACCAUCGUGCCUAUCGACUGUUUGUUUCAAAAAUUACGUCACCAGUUAUACCGUUCAUUCCUCUGCUGCUAAAAGAUCUACUAUUCGCACACGAGGGCAACAAGACGUUCUUCGAAGGGAUGGUCAACUUUGAGAAGAUGCAUAUGAUUGGCCAACCACUGAGGAACAUUCGCAGAUACAAAGAGCCGAUGGCUGCCGAAAACGCGUCGAUGCGGUUGGCCCCAGAAAUACUAAGAAGCAUCCGUAACUUCAAAGUGAUCGACAACCAACGGCAUUUUCUGUACCUUUCGGAAAAGCUUGAGCCUAGAAAAAGUCGCUAA